AUGCCUCGGAAGGUAACUGGGUUAAAGUUUCUUUCAAAUGCGCUGGCGACGCCGGAGCAGUUGACCAGCUCCUCCUCUUCCAUUGAUGGUGUUCCAACCGACUUGGAAACAUCCAUUCGCUUUGCCGGAACCCAGCUUACUCAAGCUGCCGGUAUCCUUCUACGAUUGUCGCAAGAUAUCAUAGCUCAAGCCAUUGUGACGUUUACUCGGUUCUGGCUAGGUCCAGAAGGAGGAAGUCUCCGGAUAUACUCCGCGAAGGAUGUCUCCGCCGCCGCUCUCUACAUGACCGCGAAGCUAUCGUUCCAACCAACCUCUCCCCGAUCCGUUCUGAAUGUUUACACGUUUCUCCUGUCGAGAGAGGCCUCGCCCCUCUGGUUCGUGAAUCCGAAAGGGCAGCCCAAGGGACCAGUACCCGAACACUAUCACCUUACAGAAGGCGGAUACCAGGCCCAGCGUCAAGUCCUUUUGCGCAUAGAGUCGGUCAUUCUCCGAACGCUCGGUUUCAACACGCACGUCGCUCUACCUCACACGAUAACCCUGACCUACCUUCAAACUCUAGGCAUCGCAUCGCCAGCAGUCGCACGAAGAGCGUUUGAGCAUCUCAACUCGAGUCUUCUCUCCCCGCAGCUUUUAUAUACGACCCAUCAACCGAAUGCCCUCGCGGUCGCUUCUAUCUACCUAGCGGCUCGAGAAAAUGGUGUAAAACUUGUGGAUGGAGAGUGGUGGGAGGUCUUUGACGUGGACAGGGAGGACCUUGGGUUCCUCGUUGUCGCGAUGCAAAGCAUGGAGGGGUUUGCACGAGCAGAAAGCGAGAAGUGGAAGGGCCGAAUGCUCCCGCUAGAUACAGAAGAGGUGGACGCAGAGAUUGAGCGAAGGAGGAUGCUAGAGGCUGGAGAGUGA